UAAAAAAAUAAAAUCGCUACUAUUUCAUAAAACAGAUUUUAAGAAGGCUAGUAAAGUAGGAACCCGAAGCAAUCUGGCAACACCGUAAUAAGCGAGGCAAAUCCAAAGGUGUUGUGGCUGCGGCGUGGAGCAGAUCCCCUCCUGCUGAGCCGGCACCAUGCCGUCCCCCGUCCCCGUCUCACGCCUCCUCCCCAGAGACUUCGGGCUCGAGCUGGGCGUCUGCAGCAGCCCGCUCACUAAACCCUCAGGGGCCGCGAGCCUCCGGUUCCCGGUCCACAGGAAGCUCGCGUGCAGGCUCUGGUCUUCCGUGAUCCACUGGCACGAGCUGUGCGACCCGGAGCCCAUCGGCUCGGGCGGGUUCGGGCUGGUGUUCAGGGCGGUGUACUUCGGCGAGACGGUGGCGGUGAAGCGCGUCAAGUGCGCCAAGAACAAGCUGGCCUCGCGCCAGAGCUUCUGGGCCGAGCUGAACGCGGCGCACCUGCGGCACGAGAACCUGGUGCGCGUGAUCGCCGCCAGCACCCUGAGCCCCGGCGGCGGCGAGCUGCUCGGCCACGGCGUCAUCGGCACCAUCAUCAUGGAGUACGCGGGGGAUGUGAACCUGCAGCAGCUCAUCUACAGCGCCGCCGAGCCGCUGCGCCCGGAAUCCUGCGUGCGUUACGCAGCCGACGUGGCGCGCGCCCUGCGCCACCUGCACGCUCACGGCGUCGUGCACUUGGACCUGAAACCCGCAAACGUCAUCGUGACCCGGACAGGCGCGUGCAAGCUGGCGGACUUCGGCUGCUCGUUAAAAGUGGAGCAGGUGGCCGAGGGCGCCGCCGCGGCUCGCCGCAGGGAGAUCGGAGGCACGUACACGCACCGGGCGCCCGAGCUGCUGCGGGGAGAGAGCCCCACCCCCGCCGCCGACAUCUACUCCUUCGGGGUCACUCUGUGGCAGCUGCUCACGCGCGAGCCGCCCUAUGCCGGUGAGCGGCAGCACGUGCUGUACGCCGUCGUCGCCUUCAACCUGAGACCCGACCUCAACAAGCGCGGGCUCAGUCCGCCCGGACCGGGCCGCUCCUUUAAGGAGCUGCUCAGCCGCUGCUGGAGCGCGGAACCGAGCCACAGACCGAGCGCAGGCCAGCUCCUCACCGAGCUCGCCCAGUUUCCUCCAUGACCUCCACUCGAGUUUAAAAGCUGCUCCAAAGCAGCAGCUCCCUUCGACUGCGCUGAGCGGUUCCUCUCCGGUUCCUCUGCUCUGGACUCCUGUUGAAUAGCUACCUGAGCACACACACACUGACCCAUUCUGUUAUUUUAAUAUGAUCUUAAGUUCUUUUGCACUGACCCUUUUUGUCUGUAAUUGUAAAUAAGUGUGGAUGUAUAAAUAAUAACUUGUGUAAAUGUGCAUUUGAUGUUUUACAGUGGAUUUGAUUAAAACUUUUC